AUUUUUCUAAAUAAAUGAACAGGAAAAAAUUAGCAGCAUAUGGUCAGGAAUUCGAAGAUGAUGACGAAGAAGGAAGCUCUGUAUCAAAAAAGCCAACUCAAAUCCACGAAGAGAUAGCAACAGAUGAAAAAGGAAAACGGAGAUUCCAUGGAGCCUUCACUGGAGGAUUUUCAGCUGGUUAUUGGAAUACAGUUGGAUCAAAGCAAGGAUGGGUUCCUCAAGUGUUCUCAUCAUCUCGGAAUGAACGUGGAGAACAAAUAAAACAAAGAGCUGAAGAUUUUAUGGAUGCAGAAGAUCUUGGAGAAUAUGGAAUAGGGAAUCGAUCGAUAAAACAGACUGCGGCAUUUGGUGAAGGAGCUGGACAGAAAAGGAAAAUGGCUUGGGAACGGGAUACGACAAGUAUUUCAACGAUAACUCAGAUGUUUGAGGAUGUUGUGAAGCCUGUUAGUAAUUCGAUAGGAGUACGGAUGCUCCGAUCAAUGGGAUGGAGAGAAGGACGAGGCAUCGGAUUGGCAAAUGUUAAACAGAAACAGAAGAGAGGCGGCGAGUCGUCGGAAGCCCAAUUCGACCGCGAGCAAGCUUCAAAGGUGGCUCCAGCGUACGAAUUUUCGAAUGAAGAUGCUCUUGUCAAACAACUGACCCCAUUAACUGGAACUCAUGGAAUAGGAUAUCAAGGUCUUCGUAAGACUACUGUACUUAAUGAGUCAUACGGUAGAACAACUUUGGCUUUGAAAUCCGGAAAGAAAAAUAGCAAAGGAAUAAAAGGACAAGCAUUCGGAGUUGGAGCAUUUGAAGAAGAAGAUGAAAGUGUUUAUUCGAAUUAUGAUCUCUCGCAAUUUGAUUUUUCAUUGGAUGUAGCUGGAGCAUCAGAAGAGAGUAAUUUGAAAACACAGAAAUUGGUUACUGCAUUUGAAUUACAGCCAAAGAGGCUUAAUCCAAGAAAAUUCUAUGCUCCUCCAAGAGUUCCGCCGAAUUUUCGAGGCGAUCAUCGUCCGAUUCCAAUGGAUAUCUCGAAACUUCCACAAAUGAUGAAGAAUGAUGUAAAACAUAUGAAUGCGGAGCAAAGAGCAAAAUUCCUUGGUGAAGAUCGCGUGAAUGCACUUGAAAUUGGAGGCAAAAGUUCCAAAAAACCGACAGAACGAAGAAGUCGAUGGGAUAUCAAGGCAAAUGAAGUCGAAAAACGUGAUAAUGAGCGUGGUGGUGGUGAAGCAGAAGAAGAUCGGGAUCGACGACAACGGAAUCGAAUUGAAUUCCCUGAUGAGCCUAUGCGACAAGCUCGAUUUAAAGAGUUUCUUCAUUAUAUUCGACGUGGUCUACCGUACCCUCAGCCCACUGAUCUGACUGUCUGGGAGUGGGAGUGGGAAAAGAAAGAAUUCGAGUCAAAAUUGACAUCUGACGAACGGGGAAUGCUUCCAGAAGUACAAUCCAGGGCUCAGCCACUUGCAAAAACUGCCAUAGCAGCGCCGAUUCAUGAAAUGAUGGCUUCGAAAUUUGUGAAAGAAGCUGGCGGUGAUUUGAAAGUUGGAACGAAGGAUGAGGAUAAAUUAGCCGCUGUGAAAAUGGAAAUGUUUGGAGAAAAAACGAGGCAAAGCUUUGAUUGGUAUCCUGACAAUCUUCUCGCUAAACGAUUCAAUGUUCCCCAUCCAUAUCCUGGAUCAGACACUGUCGGAGUUCCAGCUCUUCAGAAGACUGAUUGGAAGCGGAAAGAUCGAUUAGCAGAUAUUGGUGGAGUCUCGGCAACGUUGGGACUUCCGAACACUGCAAAUGAAAUUGAAAUGAGGGAGCGACUUCUGAAAUCGAGAGCUCAGAGAGGAGCAGAAGAGAAAAAAAGAAAUCAAUCAGAUGAUGACGAUGAGAAAGAAUAUGAUGAUAAGGAUUCUGAUGAAGAAGAGGAAAAUGAAGCCGAGCCUAACAAUCAGAAGGUAGACAAAGCUCCAAAAUCGUUUUUUGAUUUCAUUUUUGGAGAUGGAGACGGUGCAGACUCAGAUGAGAGUAAUAGUGAAGAUGAAGAAGCUGAAGAGAAGGAACGGCAAGAGAUUCUGAAAAAAAGAGAAGAGGAUUUGAAAAGAAGAAGGGAAAUAGUUGAGAAGAAAGAGGAGGAGAACAGAAAACGAGUGGAAAAAGAAUUAAAAGAAUUAGAAAAUAGGGAUUUGCUGAGAGUUUCAAAGCAACAGGAAGAUGAUGAUAUUCAGAUUAUUGAUGAAACUUCUGCAUCUUCAUUUGGUCCAGCUCUUCCUCCAUCUUCAAAACCAGUUCUUUCAAAAACGGAAGUACUGAAACUUUUAGAAAAGAAUAUGAAGAAAAAGAAAAAGGAUAAGAAGGAGAAGGAAAAGAAGAAGAAAUCGAAAAAAUCAAAAAAGAGCAAGAAAGAAAAGAAGACAAAGAGGAAACAUUCUUCGUCUAGUGCCGACGAUUCCGGUGAUAAUUCCGAUGGAUGGGAGGAGAAGAAAUAAUCUGAAUUAAACAUUUUGUUAAUUUUUUUUAUUUAUUUAUUUAUUAUCAUAUAUUACUAUGGUUUCGACUUGUAAAAAUGAAACAUAAAAUUUCUCAAAGUGA